AUGGAGUGCAACAAGGAUGAGGCCACCAGAGCUAAAGAAAUUGCCAAGCGGAAGUUUAUUGAAGAGGACACUUUGGGUGUGAAGAAGUUUGCUUUGAAAGCCCAAAAUUUGUUUCCUUCCCUUGAAGGUAUUCCUCAAAUGAUAGCAACACUUGACAUAUAUAUUUCAGCCGAUAAUAAAGUAAAAGGAGAAGCAGAUUGGUAUGGUAUACUUGGUGUAAGCCCCCAUGCUGAUGAUGAUACAGUUCAGAAACAUUAUAGAAAGCUAGCUCUCAUGCUUCACCCUGACAAGAACAAAUCCAUCGGAGCCGACGGGGCUUUUAAACUUAUUUCGGAGGCGUGGAGUAUACUGUCCGACAAGGCUAGAAGGGCAGCUUAUGAUGAGAAGAUAAAUGCAAGAGCACAGAAAGGCUCGGCCAUUUUCGGUGGUUCGUCAGCAAAAGCGACUGCAAAUGGGGCUAACAAUAGUAAAAAGAAAACACCUUCAAUGGGAAAGUCUCAGAAGAAUACUGCUAAAGAAAAUACAUCGUCUUCCAAUAAAUCUAAAUCCACAUUUUGGACUACUUGCAAACGCUAUAAAAUGCAAUACGAAUAUCUCAGAGUUUAUCUUAACCUUAAACUCGUGUGUCCCAGCUGCCAUGAAGCAUUUUUGGCUGUAGAAACUGAUCCGCCUCUUGCAAGUGGUAUCAGACCUGGAACAUCGUGGAUUUUUAAACAAAAGUACGAUAACGAAGGACCUAACAAAAGCAAAUCUGUUGGAAAGAACAACACGGCACCUCCAAAUGAUGGAGCAAAGUCUAACAAGAACAGCUUCCAGUGGGCUCCAUUCUCUAAAACUUCCGGUGUUUCUGAUGUGACUCAAGCGGCAAAUGUAGUUCAGCAGGCAUAUGAUAAGGUGAGGCGUGACUGUGAGGAGGCACAAGCAGCUAACAAGAGGAAAUAA